UAUGUUCUGUGUUUUGUACAUUGUCAUUCAACCGGCUCUGUGUGAUGCCUUUAGAAAAUGAUUAUGACUCUGCAUUGUUGACCGAGACUGAAGGAGUAGCUCUUUACUCAUGAAUAAAGCCUUCCUAUAAAAGAGAGGCUGCAACCAAAGAAAAGAGCAAGAGGAGAGAGAGAAAGAAGAGAGAGAGAGAAAGAAAGAAAGAAAAGAGAUGGAGUCACAGGGCGAAGGUUACCCUCCCUUUUCGGUCUCAACUGGUGGUGAUGAGAGUAUGCAAGGUGUUAUGCAGAGAGAGGUGAACCCCUCAACUAGUGCUCCCCCUCUUCCAGAACUUAGGCUAGUCCUGCUGGGAAGGAAAGGAACAGGGAAGAGCUCUGCAGCCAAUACCAUCCUGGGAGGAAUAGGGGGGUUUGAGAGCGGCAGACCAACCGAGGAGUGCUCGAAAAAGCGAGCCGAUCUAACCAGGAGACGAGUCACCGUGGUAGACACCCCUGGCUGGGAAUGGUACUACCCGCUCAACAGCACCCCCGACUGGGUCCGGAGAGAGACGUUGCGCAGCAUGUCCCUGUGCUCCCCCGGACCUCACGUUAUCCUGCUAGUGAUACGUUCCUGCGCCUCGGUAACCGAGUCCUACAGGAAGCAAAUAGAGGAGCACCUGGAGUCCCUGGGGGAAGGGGUGUUGGACCAUACCAUGUUGCUGUUCACCAGGGGGGACGAGCUGGGUGUGGUGCCCAUGGAGCAGAGGAUCCUGACGGGUGGGGCUGCCUUCCAGCAGCUGCUACGGAGGUGUGGGAACAGGUACCAUGUCCUGGACAAUAGGAGCCGGGGAGAUGGAACUCAGGUAAGGGAGCUACUGAGGAAGAUGGUGGAGAUGGUGGAGAACAAGGGAGGACAUUUUGGGGCAGAUCCUGCCCUCCUGAGGUUGGAGGCAGACGGGAGGAGGAGAGCGAGGGAACGGAGGAAGAGGCAGAGACAGAUGGAGGCCCAGACUCAGAGGGGUACCAUCCGAGCUGUGCUUAUGACUGACGCUGGAUCCCAGGGCUCUGAUUGGGAUGGGAAACAACCAUUCUCUAAGGGUACUCGUCGUCUCCCAGAGCUGAGACUGGUCCUCCUGGGAGAGAGAGAGACUGGGAAGAGCUCGGCUGGGAACACCAUACUGGGUGGAGGUGGAGAAGGAGCAGGGUUCUUCCAGACUGGGAGAGUGACGGAGGAGUGCACCCGGUGCCAGGCAGAGGUAGCCAUGAGGCUGGUGACCGUAGUGGACACCCCCGGUUGGGAAGGUGGAGUAGCAGGCCCCACCCCAGAGAGGGUAAAGCGGGAGAUGGUGUGGGGUAGCGUGUCCCUGUGUCCCCCGGGACCCCACGCUGUGCUCCUCACCCUGAGGGUGGACACCCUGGUCAGUUCCACACCUGUAAGAGAACACCUGGAGCUCCUGGGGGAAGAGGUCUGGAGGCAUGCUGUCCUCCUGUUCACCCAUGGGGACCAGCUGAGGGAGGGGGUGGGCAUUGAGCAGCACAUCCAAAGUGGAGGGAGGGACCUUAAGUGGCUGGUGGAGAAGUGUGGGAGCAGGUACCACGUCAUCAGUAAUGUGAAUGGGCGUGGGGACGCCGCUCAGGUGUCUGGCCUGCUGGAGAAGGUAGAGAAGAUGGUGGCCGGGAACAGGUGCGAGGCCUUCUCGUCGCUAGUGCAGGAGGUCAGCGACCUCACCAGACAGAGGAACGAGAAAUUCAACCAGCGUCUCAAAGAGGUUGGUGACAAGAUGCAGCGUCAGGAGAUGGAGCUCAAGAGGAUGAGGGAGAGGGAGGUCAAAAGCAUCCGCUGGUUUUUCGAUCGGAAGAAGAAAGUUAAAUCUCCGGGGAAGUCAGGCGUGGAAAAAGAGGAGGAUGGAGGGGAGGAGGAGGAGGAGAAAAGGAGUGAUGGGAGGAAGAACGAAAUGGGCGAACUAGAGGAGAGGAUUCGGUGGCUGACGGAGGAUAAGGAGAGAGAGAUUCAGGAUCUGGGCGCGGAAAACUACAGAUUCAUCGCUGCGCUCGAUCAGAGAAGCAGGGAGCGAGAGGAGAUAGUCAUCAAGCUAGAGGAGAGAGAGAGAGAGAUUGACGAGCUGAAAGAGCGAGUUGACGAGCAGCAAGUGAAACUGCUCGACCUUGAGCGUGUCAUCGGGGAGAAAGAACGAGAUAAAAAAGAGAGGGAGGAAGAGUUUAGAGGGAAGCAUCAGGAAUGGAGGAGGGAAGCAGAGGAUUUGAAAGUCAGGAUAGCCCUGGAAGAAAAGGAAAAAGAGGAAUGGAUAGGAAGAGGAAAAACGUCACAGAACGAGAUGUAUGAGUCAAAACAGUUGUAUGAGGAGAGACUUUUACAGUAUGAGGAAGAGAUGCAGAGAAAACUGCAUGAAAAAGAGGAAGAGAUGGAGAGAAAACUGCAUGAAAAAGCAGAAGAGAUGGAAGGAGAGAGACUGCUAUCUGAGACAAGGGAAACAGAAAGGAGGGAUGAGCAAAGAAAGAGAGAUGAAAGGGAAAAGAAAGAGAUGAGCAAGCUGAAAGAAAUCAUUGAAAAGAAAAAUAAAGAAAUAACUGAUACACAGCAAUUGGUUACAGAGAAAGAAAAAGAGAUUGUGGAAGUGAGGGCGAGAUCCGUUGACAACGUGAAAGAAAAUGAGCGGCUGAAAGAAAACAAUGAACAGAAGGAGUCUGAGGUGGUGGCAAUGCAACGGCAACACACAGAGGACAAAAGUAGGAGAGAUGCCGAGGCAAUGGAUAAGUUACGAGGGAAAGAAGUGGAGCUCAACAACUUAAUACAAAAGGACGGGGAAAAUAAGAGAGAACUCGUCCGUUUAAGGCAAACCAUUAAACAAACAAAAACAGAACUGGAAAACUUAACUGCCGCGAUGGAGAAGGAAAGGAUGAACAUGAUACAGGAAUAUGAAAAGGAAAUCAAGACGAAGGAAGAGGAGAUGAGGUUGAUGUUAGAAGACCACGAAAGUGCUGUCAGCCAACUGCAGAAAAAGGAGGCAGAAAGUAGAAGGAACAUUUCAGGCAUGACAGAAUGCUUAAGGGACAGCCAGGGGAAGGUUGAGGUACUGCAGGAGCUGAACGUGAAAUUGAAGAAAGAGAUUGACAACCUCAGGAAGAAGUGUCAGGAGUAUGAGGAGGACCAGGGGGUUCAGAGGACCGAGAGGGAGAGCAGGGAGGCUGACAUCAGAGAGCUGCUCUGUGGAUAUGAAGAGCAGUUAAAACACAAAGACAGGGAAAUCCACCAUGUUAUGGAAGAGCGGAACCUGGAGGUUGCUGCGUUGAAACAGACAAACGACCAGAGACAGAAGGAGCUGGAGAAUAUGAAAGAAGGGGAGGAGGUGAGAGAGAAACAGGUGGAGGAGAUAAGAGGGUGCUAUGAGAAGAAUCUGAGAGAAAGGCAGAAUGAGCUGAAACAGACAGCUGAGGAAAAGGAGCAAGAGCUUGAGAAAAGGGGGAGAGUGUAUGAUGAGAAGGAGCGAGAACAAGCGAGAAGUAAAGACGUGCUGGAUAACAGAGGGCGUGAACUUGACACAAAAGAUGCAGAGCUAGUGAAAAGAGAAGAAGUGCUAGUGAAAGGAGAGGAAGGGCUAGUGAAAAGAGGGAAAGAGCUAGUGAAAGAAGAGGAAGGGCUAGUGAAAAGAGGGAAAGAGCUAGUGAAAGGAAAGGAAGAGCUAGUAAAAGGAGAAGAAGCCCUAGUGAAAGGAGAGGAAAAGCUAGUGAAAGGAGAGGAAGAGCUAGUGAAAAGAGAGGAAGUGCUAGUGAAAAGAGAGGAAGUGCUAGUAAAAGGAGAGGAAGAGCUAGUGAAAAGAGAGGAAGUGCUACUGAAAAGAGAAGAAGUGCUAGUUAAAAGAGAGGAAGUGCUAGUGAAAAGAGAGGAAAUGCUAGUGAAAGGAGAGGAAAAUCUAGUGCAAGGAGAGGAAGAGCUAUUCAAAAGAGAAGAAGGAUUAGUGAAAGGAGAGGAAGAGCUAAUGAAAAGAGAGGAAGAGCUACUGAAAAGACAGGAAGGGCUAGUGAAAGGAGAGGAAGAACGAGUGAAAAGAGAGGAAGAGCUAGUCAAACGAGAGGAAUUGCUAGUAAAAGGAGAGGAAAAGCUAGUGAAGAGAGAGGAAAAUCUAGCGAAAGGAGAGGAAGAGCUCUUCAAAAGAGAAGAAGAAUUAGUGAAAGGUGAGGAAGAGCUAAUGAAAAGAGAGGAAGAGCUAGUGAAAGGAAAGGAUGAGCUAUUCGAAAGAGAAGAAGAAUUAGUGAAAGGAGAGGAAGAGCUAGUGAAAAGAGAGGAAGAGCUAUUCGAAAGAGAAGAAGAAUUAGUGAAAGGAGAGGAAGAGCUAUUGAAAAGAGAGGAAGAGCUAUUCAAAAGAGAAGAAGAAUUAGUGAAAGGAGAGGAAAAGCUAGUGAAAAGAAAGGAAGAGCUAGUGAAAGGAGAAGAAGGGCUAGUGAAAAGACAGGAAGAGCAAGUGAAAAGAAAGGAAGAGCUAGUGAAAAGACAGGAAGAGCUAGGAAAAGGAGAAGAAGGGCUAGUGAAAAGACAGGAAGAGCAAGUGAAAGGAGAGGAAAAGCUAAUGAAAAGAGAGGAAGAGCUAUUCAAAAGAGAGGAAGUGCAAGUUAAAAAAGAGGAAAAGCUAGUGAAAAGACAAGAACAGCUAGUGAAAGGAGAGGAAAAGCUAGUGAAUAGAGAUAAAAUGCUAGUGAAAGGAGAGGAAGAACUUGAGAAAAGAGAGGGAGAGCUAGUGAAAGGAGAGGAAGAGCUAGUGAAAAAAGAGGAAGAACUUGAGAAAAGAGAGGGAGAGCUAGUGAAAAGAGAGGAAGAGCUAGUGAAAAGAGAGGAAGAGCUAGUGAAAAGAGAGGGAGAGCUUGUGAAAAGAAAGGAAGAGCUAGUGAAAAGAGACGAAGAGUUGGAAGGUAGAAGACGAGAAGUAAAGAACUGGGAGGAAGAUCUUGAAACAAGACAGAAAGGACAAGAAGAACAGAAACAGGAGUUGUGGAGCAGAGAAAAAUGCUUGAAAAGAAAGGAAGAAGAGUCUGAAAGCAAAGAACAAAACAUCUGCAGCAAGGAGCAAGAUGUGGAGAAAAUAGAAAAAGAGCUGCAAAACAGAAAGAACCAACUUGAUAGUAGGGAAUAUGAUUUAAAGACUUCGGAAGAAAAUAUUAAGAAAAUAGAGCUGGAUCUAGAAAACCUGCAGCGACAACAGGACAGCCGUCAACUAGAGCUGGAUGAAAGGGAAAAUGAACAAGGGAGUGGGAAGAUAGAACAUCAGAACCAGAGAGAGGAUCUGGAAAAAAGAGAGAGAGAACUGAGGGCCAGAGAACAUGAUUUGAGAUGUGGAGAACAAGGGUUGGAAAACCAGGAAGAGGAUAUGAACAACCGACAGCACGACAUGGACAAAAGACAAGAAGAAUUGGAAAAUAUACAACAAGACCUUGAGAAAAGGGAGCUUCACCUGGAGAAUAGAGAAGAAGAAAUACAGAAGCACAGACAAGCUCUGGAAAAAAGAGAGAAAGAGAUCAAAGACAGCAAACAAGGACUUGAAAACAGAGAACACCAUUUGAAGAAUGGAGAGCAAGAGUUACUGAAAUGGAGAACAGAGUUAGAAAUUCAAGGGAAACAUAUGAGCAACAGGAGCCAAGGCAUGGAAAAGCUGGAGAGAGAGGUGGAAAACCAUCAACAAGAGCUAAGGAACAGAGAGGAAGGUUUUGAAGACAAAAUGCAAGAGUUGAGGAAUUGGGAGCAGCGUCUAGAAAGACUUGAAACAGAACUAGAGAGGAGAGAGCAUGAACAGAGGAAUACGAAUAAUGGAUUCGAGGAAAAGGAGCAAGAAGUUAACCAUUUUGAAAAAGAUCCGGAUGGCAGAGAUUAUGACGUGGAGAUCAGAGAGCCUAACGGAUUGAUACCAAGCCAUGAAGCACAAGGAGGAGAUGUCUGUGGCAUGACAACAAGAUGUGAUAAUGUGACACUAGAGGGUAUAGAGGAUUCCCAUAUGAUGUACCAGGAAGUAGGAGUGGUGGAGAAAGAAGGACGGGAACUGCAGGGAAAAGAACCAGAGAGGAGUGGAAGCAUCACAGACCGGGAAGAUCAGACGAUGAUGGAAUGUGCCUCGUCUACAAUCUUAAACAAUAACAGUCAGUUUGAAAGAAUGGCAGCGCCAGAAGACAAAGAGGAGGCUAGACAGAAUCUGGAAGAACAGACGAAAGAGGAGAUAGAAGAAGAGGGAGAUGAGGAGAGAAAUAGAGAGCAUCCCAAACAGGAAGGGGAUCUUCAGAACACAGGGAAGGAGUGUCUUCUGUUAAAAAGAGGGAGCCAGGAUGAGAUAUGGCCGGAAGAAUGUAAAAAGAGGGGGAGAAUAUGUGAAGAGGAGGAUGAGGAGGAUAAUUAUAAGGAAAUUGAAGAUGUAAACGUUAUCUCAGACUUAAAGUUAACUCUAAGUCCAGGCCCCAGUGUGGAAAACACUAAACGCAUCCAAAGGUCUGAGCUGAGGCUGGUACUGUUAGGGGAGACUUGGUCCUCCCGUCACCCAGCAGGGUACACAAUCCUGGGCAGAGAGGCCUCACACCCAGGUGAGUCCAUCUCGAUGCCAUGGCGGGGACAAAUCGCUGGAAGACAGGUCAGUGUGGUAGAACCACUUGGGCUAAAGUGGCGUAACGGACCAGACGGCAACACCUCCGUCACCACAGACCCAACACAGUUCCAGAACAUCUUCCAUAGUGUUUCCCUGUCCCACCCAGGUCCCCACGCGAUCCUCCUGGUCCUACCAGCCUACCUGUCAUUCACACAGAAGUAUCGGAGAGCGGUGGAACACCAUAUGAGUGUGCUCGGGGAAGAUAUUUGGCGUCGCACUAUGGUGCUGUUCACGUGGGGGGAAGCUUUAGGGGAGAGUGCGGAGCAGCACAUAUUGAGGAAUGGGGACCUCCAGUGGCUCGUGGGACAAUGCGGCGGUAGAUACCAUAUUCUGGCCAGCAGGAAGAACAACUCUCAAACAGCAGAGCUAAUGGAGAAGAUAGAGGAGAUGGUGGCAGGAAACUAUCAAUGUAAUGGAGACUGAUCUUCAGUUGGGAUGAGUAGAGAUGAAUGGAGAGACAAAGGAUGGACUGGGAUGAUAUGAGAGGGAAAUGAUCAGUUGUUUGAAAUCUUUGCGAAUAGGCCAAUGGCGGGAUGUUUAAUUUCAUGUGUAUUUUUUAAAUAUUUUUUUAUAUAAAAUAUCAUUCAUUAAUCAGGAGAUAUGUUACAGUUACCAAAUACAGAGUCAAACUACAGAAGCAAAAUAAAUCACAGAUGAGUCGUUCACAAAUGUCACAAAUAUUCUAACUUCAAUGAAUUGUUCCUUGACAAUCCUUUUACAUACAAAUGUCAAACAUUUACCAAACAUGCUUGCUCCAAAGGGACUUUUUCAUGUAUUACAUUUCAGAAAGAUCCAAAAUCUUGUGGUCUUUUUUGUUCCAGUUUCGCACGGAAUGACCCAUAAGACUGCUUAUAGGUUAAAAAGUUGGAUUUACAAUAUGUGAGUUCAUAGUUUCUCCACAAGAUAGAGAUCUUGUAUCACUUUCUGUGGACGGCAGAUGGAGUGUUUCAAGAUGCUGAUGUUCAACAUGUUGAUAAUAAAUUGUAUUAAAUUAGUUAAAAUGUG